AUCUGUUCUUUACAAUGCUGAAACUUGAAUGUUCUGUCGAUUGUACGCCGAAUGGCUGCAAGGUAACACUACCUUCCAACCUGACCAACCUGCUGACACUCAACCUUGACUUUGACAAUGGUAACGAGGUCAAAAUCUGGUUUAACGAACCCAUGUUAUAUAGCCAGAAAGAAAAAUCUCUUACAUUUGAAUACACCCUCGAUUGUACUCCGGAUGGCUGCAAAUUACUGUCCCUGACCAACCUGACCAAAUGGGACUUUGAUUUUGAUGAUGGUAAGGAGGUCAUCUUCUCGUUUAACCAACCGUUUUUGUAUUACCAGAAGCAAAAAGAAAAAGUUACUUCGGGAAGUAGUUCGACUUUCAUGAACAACAAAUGUUCAAUUGUUUUAUUUCUUUUGAUGACCUCAAUGUUCUUUUGAGUAUUUGAGUGACGGUUUCUAAUGCUUGAAGAAGCAUUUACUAUAGAGUUCAUCUAAUAUAAAUCUUUAUGAAGUCUUUGUGCUCAAUGAUCUAAGUUUGUGAUAUACGACCGAUCUUUCGGUCUCAAGUGCAAUAAUCGUGUGACUUUGACGGCACCGCGCGGUGGCUAAAGGAACAUUUCCAAAAUCUAACUCUCAACAGUGGCUUAUUGAUGAUUGGUGAUAAGGAGAUUAUAGGGUUUAUAAGAGCUCUAUUGCGUCUGGAUUAUAUCCAAAAGCCUCUCCAGCGAUGAUAAGGAAUAGUUCUGGAUAUUUGUUUUGGGAGUCUACAAAAUGCAAAAGCGGCAUCUUGACGGGCGUUUCUGUAGUUUUUUAAGUACGUUGCAUAAAGCCACAAUAACGUUC